AUGACUGCACACUCCUCCUCCCUGUCUAUCACCACCACGUCCACGGCUUUCCACCUCCACUACUCUAGGUCAACGCUCCAACUCGAGACCCACCUUCACGAUGAUGAUGAUGAUGAUAUGGGCCACUGCAACAGCGUGAUGGCUGCCUAUCUGGAUGACUUUUUCACAACCCAGUUCCACAUGGUCAACGAGCUCAAGAAGAAGACGAUUAAGAAAGAGAGGAGGCUUCGGAGAAGAUGUCAAAAGUCUUGA